AUCGGCGGCGGCGCGAUGUACGCUUUGAUCGGCGCACGGGUGUGGCUCGCGCCACAAUCGUUGCGCACGGUAAUCGAUCGCUCACCUGAGUUCCCUGGGGAUGACGAGUUUGACGACCUCCCACUCAAGCUCGAGAAGCAGCUCCACUCGUAUGGUCCGGAAAUGUGGGUAUUCAAUCGCGUCCCGGGGGCGCGGGUUCCGACGGCGAGAAUCCGGUAUGACGACGCCGUGAGAAGUUACGCGCACAUCGUUAAGCCAGCAGUGCGCAGCGGCAGAGAGCUGGCGUCUGGCCCUCUCGCCGGCGCCGAGUGGCUGCAUGUCCCUCCGCCGUACUCUAGCACAGCCCUGCUCGGUCUCAUCUCCGAACUAAGCCUCACCUCCUGGCAUCCCCGAAUAGUAUUCGAGCCAGCGCCGACCUCGUGCCAUCCGGGAGAACUCACUGCCUUCGAAAAAGCGGCAGCACUCGUAGAUGUGCUAUCACCGAACCACGAAGAGCUGUUGUCGCUGUAUGCUCGUCCAAUUCCUGACGACCGGCAAGAGAUUAUCGAAGCCGUGGAGAAGGUUAUGCGGCACUUGCUGGCUCUGGGCGUGGGCAGCCGCGGAAAGGGCAUUCUCGCUAUCAGAUGCAGCUCCCUCGGUGCAUGCAUUGGAACAGCCGAAGGCGGGAUCUGCUGGAUUCCCUCGUUUUUUCAAGGCGAGCAGCACAGAGUUCAAGAUGUCACCGGAGCGGGUAACGCGUUCAUCGGCGGAUACAUCGCCGGGCUUUACCUUACGGGCGACCCGUAUGAGGCCGCGCUGCAUGGGACGGUGUCAGCGUCUUUUGUAAUCGAGCAACUUGGACCGCCGAUUUUGCAUUUCACGCCCGAGGGGGAGCGAUGGAAUGGUGACUCGGCGGAGAGUCGCCUGGCGACGCUG